CGCGGCCAUCUUGAAUUUCUGAGAUACUGAGAGAAGAGACAAAAGAGCGACAAGUACCCUGGAUUUUUGUUGGUCUGCAGUCCCUUAAACACUUUGCAGACUGCCAUCUCAACUUUUGCUGCACAAGUUAAGGAAACUCGAACAAGAUAACUUCAGAUAUUCAAAGUGGACUGUCCAUACUAAAGAAAAGAGUUACUUUUUUGAGCCAGUAUUAAGCCUCAGCAAAGACGUGCAAAGACUUUUGAUGUCCAAGGAAGAAAUCAUAAGAAUACUCUGAGACGUGACCAAUCUGAUUAUAUUUUUCUACUUGCAAUUCUGAAUGUAUAAACAUAGCACUUGGACUUAAAACGCCAAGAUAUCGAAAGAACGCAAAGAAAAUUCAGGAUCAUCAUCACAGCAAGGAUGAUGGUACACUGCCAAACUUUCUAAAAGACAAUAAGAGGUUGUUUUGGUCACAUGUUUGAUUUAUUUAUUCAUAUGAAUGUUAAUUUCUCCCUUUUUGGAGAGUUGUCUUGUAAAUAGACAUAAUUCAUACGCAGGCCUCUUCUUUUCAAGAGGUCUGAACGUCAGAUUGUGUACACGAUACAUUCUUUAAAGAGAAACGAUAAUCGAUAAAAAGUUUUAUUUUUUCAGCUUUUAGUUUUUUUGCGGGAGCAUUAAUUGAAACAGCUCAGUGGAACAAGACAAAAAUAUAAGUACAACACUUACUGCAAGAAAACUCCCAGGUAAGGCAUUGAACCCAUGGCUACAGCAAGAACAGCAAACCCAGCACCAAUGAUUGGAUUGAACAAACCAGCACAUGGGCAGUUCAGAGGACAGACUAAGCCAGCCGGACAGCAGCUUAGUACCCUUCAGAAGAUGACCAGCAUUCCUCAGAGCAGUGGGGGCAUCAAGUUUGGUGAUGACUGGAAGAAAUGCUUGGAGCUUCCUCCAAAAGACAGCAGGAUAAAAACUUCGGAUGUGACAUCAACAAAGGGAAAUGAAUUUGAAGACUACUGCCUAAAGCGGGAACUUCUGAUGGGAAUCUUUGAAAUGGGAUGGGAGAAACCCUCACCCGUCCAGGAGGAAAGCAUCCCCAUCGCUCUGUCAGGCAGAGACAUUCUGGCUCGGGCCAAGAAUGGCACAGGAAAAAGUGGUGCCUACCUCAUCCCUCUCCUGGAAAGAAUAGACCUGAAGAAGGAUCACAUCCAGGCCAUGGUAUUGGUGCCAACAAGAGAGUUGGCCCUACAGGUGAGCCAGAUCAGCAUUCAGCUCAGCAAGCACCUCGGAGGGGUCAAGAUCAUGGCUACCACAGGUGGCACUAACUUGAGGGAUGACAUCAUGCGUCUUGAUGAGAUAGUGCAUGUAGUGAUUGCUACACCAGGCAGGAUACUAGACCUGGUGAAGAAAGGUGUGGCAAAGGUGGAUAAGGCACAAAUGACAGUGAUGGAUGAGGCAGAUAAGUUGCUGUCCCAGGACUUUGUGACCAUUAUUGAGGAGAUUAUCAGCUUCUUGCCAAAGGAACGUCAGAUCCUGCUUUACUCUGCUACUUUCCCCAUCAGUGUGCAAAAAUUCAUGACCAAGCACAUGAAGAAGCCUUAUGAGAUCAACCUAAUGGAGGAAUUGACGUUAAAGGGCAUCACUCAGUACUAUGCCUAUGUGACUGAAAGGCAGAAGGUCCAUUGUCUCAACACACUCUUUUCUAGGCUUCAGAUCAAUCAGUCAAUCAUCUUUUGUAACUCCACCCAGAGGGUUGAGCUUCUGGCCAAGAAAAUCACCCAGCUGGGCUACUCGUGCUUCUACAUUCAUGCAAAGAUGAUGCAGGAAUACAGGAACCGUGUGUUUCAUGACUUCAGGAAUGGAUUGUGCAGAAACCUGGUCUGCACAGACCUAUUCACUCGAGGAAUUGACAUCCAGGCAGUAAAUGUGGUCAUCAAUUUUGACUUCCCCAAAAGUGCAGAGACAUACCUGCACCGCAUUGGCAGAUCAGGGCGUUUUGGACACCUGGGCCUGGCCAUCAAUCUGAUAACUUCAGAUGACCGCUACAACCUGAAGAACAUUGAGGAUCAACUGGUUACUGAAAUUAAGCCGAUCCCCAGCAGCAUUGAUAAGAGCCUGUAUGUGGCAGAGUUUCACUCCGUUGACCCAGAUGAUGAUGGCAUCGAAGGCGGAGCCAAAAACUAGAAACUGUGAGCAGCCUGAAUGAAUGGAGAAACAUGGCGCCUGGCAUUCAUCACACAAUAUUGGUGACGCAUCGCACAAGAGUCCAAGUGAAGAUUUCUGUUUCACACUUUUACCAUCAAAAUGGUUUAUAUUAUAUCCUUUCAUCCCUUCAUGUCUCUGUAUAUGUGGUUUGGGCUUUUGGUGAAGUCUGUCUUUUUCUUUUUUUCUUUGCUGUGUGAACAAAAAUGUGAAACCAAAUGUAGACUUAGAGGACAGAGCCCAGCACACAUCCUUGCUGUGCAGAUGAAUACAUAUGGCCAUGGUCACAUCCUGCUGACAUGCCAUUUGAGCAGAUGCUUUAAAGGAAGCGCAUGCGGUUGCUCAAAGGUGCUCUGUUGUAUUGAAAUCUUUUUGAAAUCCAUCAGAAGAUAGGUAGACUAUGACCAUAAAAGACAUGCACAUGCUUGAUAACAAUACUCAAUAAGGCUCUGGCAUUUAAAUGAUCCUCAGUAUUAAAUGGUCACUAGUACAGAUAUUAACAUCAUUAUACCACCAGCACAGCAUGAAAUGUGUAGAGGUUUGUGUUGUUUGCACCCAAUUUGGACCCAACCACCUGCAUGUACAUCAUCUGCUGUGCAGUUUGGGCAGCCUGCCUCCUCUAGCCUCAGUUUGCUUUGUCUGCAUACCUCUGCUGUAACACGUGGUUAUCUGUUACUGCUGCCUUCCUGUCAGCGUGAACCAGUCUAGCCAUUCUCCUCUCAUCAACAAGGCGCUUUUGCCAUCACACUCCUGGGUUGCUUGUUUUGUACCACUGUCUAUAAAACUAAAAGUGUGAAAAUCCCACUACAUUAGCAUGAGCAAUCAUUCCACAGUCAAAGUCACUCAGAUCACAUGCCCUGCUCAUUUUUCAUGUUUGGUUUGGACAACUGAACUAUUUUGACCAUGUCUGCCUGCUUUUAUACAUGUGGCUGAAUAGAUGUUUACAUUGAUGAGCAGGGGUGUCUAAUGUGCCCACUGAAUGUAGUUAUUUUUGUAGCUUUGGCCAUCAAUCCUGUUUGCCCGCCGGCUUUAUUGCUGAAGUUUGGGGACACAGUGGUGAAGUAAUAUACACAUCCACAACUUAACCAAAUUAUCAAACCAAAUUCUAAAGGGAACCAAAGUUGGAAGAGUAGACAAAGAAUUACAUAAGAAAAGAAAGGGCUUCAGAAAACAGCACAAUGUUAAAAAGACAGCUGUUUUGGUGCUCUCGCACAAGGCACCUGAAACAGUGUUGCUGAUAGUGAACUUGAUAUUUUUUUUAUAUUUAAGGUAUACUGUGCUGGAUUACUGUUUGUAAACAAACAGUUUUUGGUUCUGUGUCUGAGGUGUGCUGCUUAUGGUCUAGCACCUGGUUGCUGCCUUUUUAUCAAGUCCUGACUUCACCUACUUGUUGUCAUUGGGUGGUGCCUACAAACCAAGUGCCCCAAGGUUGCAACCUAGAAAGGUCCCAAUCACAGCAAAAAUAAGAAGAACCAGUCGUGGUUCAUAAGUGAUGAUUGAGAAGGAUUAGUUCUGGAUGAGUCUGCACAUUUUUGUUAAAGAAAAUCCUGCAUAUUAAAGCAUUUGAUGUCGGUGACACUGUAGUGCAUUUUUGUCAGAGCACUGAUCCAGUAUUGAAGUAUUUGUGAAUUUCCUUUGAUCCAUUACACCAGGCAGCAUAUUCUCAGGUUUUGCGGGUAUCAGUAUUUAACCUGACAGAAUGAGAGGGGCAUUAGUUAACAUUGUGUUGGCACCGGUCAACUUGUUCAGUCAUGUCAUUGUGGCUUCUGUGUCCCUACUUCCCUCCACAGUGCCUUAGUCUAACCUCUACAUUGCCCAGGCCCUUGUCCUACCUUUGUAUUGUAGAGGAAAUGGCACCCAAACAAUUCCUUUUUAGUUAUGUUUUGAAAGCACAGUUACAGUCUGAAAGGAUUUGCAGUUUUCCUUAUUUGUAACAAAUGCAUUUGUCUUAUAAGAAAUGGUACAAAUGAUCAGCUAAACUGCUCUUGUCUGAAUGUAUUACAUCCUUGGACUACUUGACUGCAACACAAUGUCACAGAAAUGGUUGUCUCGAAUUUAUAACAUUAACACUGUGAAGUUUCCAGUUACUUUUUUUUUUUUUGUUUCUUUGCCUGACCAUUACUGCCAAGCACCAGCAGGGAGGGGACUAUUGUGUGUGUCCUCUUCCAAAAUAUCUGAAGUAGUCAAUAACCUAAUCUUUGUUCAUGUCUGACUCUGGAGUGCCCUAUUUGAUGAUUGGUCCCUCACAUAUAGCCUCAGUGCAGGCAGUACUUGAAUCAAUACAUGUAAUGUGAUAGAAAAAAAAAAUUCUCAGGGUUUUGUAACCUGUGGCCAUUUUGUCCCAUCACUUCAUUCUAGAAAAAGAAAAAUCUUCAUGGCUUUAUCAGAUUCGUCAUUAAGUAGAAAACAGAUGGGCAAGAAUUUUUCAGUGCCAGCGCCUCAAUCCAAUAAAGUUUGAA